CCAGGCCGGCAGCUGCCGCGCGUGGGGGGCGGCCGCUCGCCGCCGCAGUCGCGCCGUCGCCGGAGCCGCUGGUGCCGGCCUCCCGCCCGCGUCCUCGCCCGCAAUAUGCCUCCGCUGCCCUCGGGCUGCUCACCAUGCCGGGGACCUGCGGGCGCCUCUCCUCCUUGCUCCUGGGGCUGGCGGCCGCGAUGCUGCUGCUGCUGCUGCUGAUGGGGCGGCCGCCCCCCGUCGAUGCCGCAGCCGCCGCCACCCGCCCGCAGCAGCAGCGGGCGGCGCUGCCGGGGGGCGCCCCUUCCGCGGCAGCGGCCUCAGGAUCCGUUUUUACACUAAAAGUUCAAGUAAAUGACAUCAUCAGUCAUCAGUACCUGCAACAAGCGGUUGUAGAAGUGUUUGUUAACUACACGAAGACAAAUUCUACUCUUACUGGAAACAAUGGAGCAGUAUUAAUAAAAGUUCCCUACAAAUUAGGAUUAAGCUUAACUAUCGUAUCAUACAAGGAUGGCUACAUGUUAACACCUUUGCCUUGGAAGACUGGGAGAAUGCCAAUAUACUCAUCUGUGACACUUUCGUUAUUCCCACAAAGUCAAGCUAAUAUAUGGCUGUUUGAAGAUACUGUCUUAAUUACUGGAAAACUGUCUGAUGCCAAAUCUCAACCAAGUGUUCAGUUUCCAAAAUUUUUAAUAAAGCUUCCAACAAAUCACCAUAUUACAAAUGUUACAGCCUAUCUGACAGUGCCAGAGCAAUUUUUGAAAGUGGACAGCUUUCUCUAUACAACAGGAGUUCUUCUAAAUAAAUCAGGUUUCAAGAGCAUGGAAUUGACUCCUCUUGCUGCAAUAUGCGUAAAUGUUCUUUUGACUGGGAAAGAACUGAAGGUAAAUGGUCCCAUUCAGAUUACACUUCCUCUUCCCACGAGUACUGUAAAAUCAGGAGAUGCUAUACCUGCAUGGACAUUCGAUAUGAAAACUGGUGCUUGGGUAAGCCGUGGGCUAGGAAUGGUAAAGGAAGCAGAUGGCCAAUUAGUAUGGACAUACACUGCUCAACACUUGGGCUACUGGAUAGCAGCUCCGCUGCCUGGAACAAGAGAAUCCAUUAUUAGUGCGGUUUCCAAGGACAUAACAGCCUAUCACACAGUGUUCCUUACGGCCAUACUGGGAGGUACUGUUGUCAUUAUCAUUGGAUUUUUUGCUGUUCUUCUUUGUUACUGCAGGGAUAAAUGCGGUCGGACACAAAAGAAGGAAAAAAGUACAACUAAGCUGGAGGUCAUAAAAAAAGACCAGACAACAUCAACAACUCACAUAAAUCACAUCAGUGCUGUCAAAGGGUCUUUAAAGUUGGAGGAUAAGUCGCAGUUGUAUACACCGAAGACUUCUUCAUACAGCCCUCAAAGAAGGAUGUCCGUAGACACGGAAGAUGGAAAAUCUCGAGACAAUUUUAAAAUCUACACAGAGGAUGCUUCUUAUCAGUCAUCCUAUCAGACUGGUCAGCCAAGAAAUUCAGCCCACUCACUGGAGCCUAAUGCUGGAGUUAGGCACUUACAGCAGCCAAAACAUAGUAACAGUACUAUUUCCCAGGCUCCUAGGGACAUUCAGGACCAAAACAGAUACCUUUCACUGAAGGAGGAGAUGUAUGGGCUUUCCCAUAUCCCAGAACAUCUAAUGCAUAUUUACAAUCAACCUAUUGCUAUUCUUCAAACCUCCGACCUUUUCCACUCCCCGGAACAAUUGCAUCCUGCUAAAUCAGCAACUUUGCCAAGGAAAGGGCAGUUAGUAUAUAGCCCCAUGAUGGAACCCAUGAAUCGUGACACUUACAUGCAAACGUUACCGAAAAUGCCAGUGCACGCUCAUCCACAGCCUUCUGCCUGCAGAGAUGAAAACAGUACAUUAGAUAGUGAAGAGGGCUUACCUUCUCAAACAUCAAACUGGGGCCGCUACACUAACAGCUUACUGGAAUCUGUCUCUGUUCCUGGGACAUUGAAUGAAGCAGUUGUAAUGACUCCGUUUUCAUCUGAACUUCAAGGUAUUUCGGAACAAACGUUAUUGGAACUCUCUAAAGGAAAACCAUCUCCACACCCUCGAGCAUGGUUUGUGUCCCUGGAUGGUAAGCCAAUUGCUCAAGUGAGGCAUUCUUUCAUAGAUCUGAAAAAGGGCAGAAAAACGGAGAGUAAUGAUACCAGUCUGGACUCUGGUGUGGAUAUGAAUGAGCAUCAUCCUAGUAGGAAACUGGAGAGAGAGAAAACUUUCAUUAAAAAUAUGCCACAUUCCAAGAUCCUUUACUUGGAAGAUCUGGAUCUGAGUAGCAGUGAAAGUGGGACCACUGUUUGCACUCCAGAGGACCAGGCUGUGAGGCACAUUCUGGAUGGAGGGAAUGGGCCAGUCAUAGAACAGCAAGAUGAAGAAGGUCUAAGAGGAAAACCUGUAUCAGGAAGUCAUGAAUCUGGUAUCCCUUCUGCUAAAAAAAGGGAUAGACCAUCUAUCACAAAAAGAGAUAGCAAAACCAAUAUCUGGAAGAAGAGAGAGGAGAGACCGCUUAUUCCUAUAAAUUAAAACACAAUGUGCUUUGUGUUGUUGCUCUCCCUGCUAGUUAUUGACCUCUUGGCUGCUUGUGUAAUUCUGCAGUAUUGGGUUUACAGGGGAAAUGUUGUUUUCUAGUAUCAUGAAGUUACUUUUUUUAAUAUGCAGAUUGAGUUACUAAACUUCAGCUGGGCAAUUGAUAUUCAAUGUGAAUUGCUAACAGGGAAAUGCUACUAUUAAAGUUUUCCAGUUCCUAAUUUUGCUGGCAAUAUAGGGAAGGCCCACAUUUUAAUUAGCCUGUCAUUCUUGGACACACCUCUGGGAAUGCACAGUGAGAAAUGUAGGCACAUCUUUUAAUUUUUUUUUUUUACUUGUUGCUAAUGUGUUGGUAGAGUGGUUGAAGCCAUUCCUUAGCCUUGUUCCUAAUCGAUGUGACCAUCUGUACAGUAUUUUAUAUGUGAACUUUUCUAGGGAUCUGUUAUGACUUCUUUGUAUAAUGUAAAACGUUUCAUCAAUUAGUCCCAUGACACCAGCAGAUGAGCUCUGUUGGAUUUAUCAGCAGAGCUCUAAAGCAUUACUGCCCUCCCUGUCUGCCCACCCAUGUGCAAAAGGUUGUCAUUCCAUAUAGCAGUGGCAGAAGGAGAGAAGGUGUACAAGCUCUGUGGCCGCUGCAGUUCAUGGUCCCCGCUGUCUUAAGAUGUUGCCUGUCUGCUUUGUUACGAACUGUGGACACUGAAGAUUGGCAUCUGUUACGAAGUGUCCACAUCCAGCAGAAGAGGACUGGUGCUGGUAGCCUUUGAAGCUGCUGCUACUACUGAUCCCCGUGUCUUGUUUUGGCUUCGUUGUCAGCUAAAAUCCUCUCUUCUGCAUGCUGUUGGGCCAGUUGUGCUCCACAACAUCAUCUUGAAUCUCUGCAGAUUUAAAAGUUGGAGUUUGGCCCAUAAUGAAAGAGUUUGCAAGUUUAGACAAAUUAUGCCUUUCAAAUAGCUUCCUUUAGCAGGAAAGUUCGGCACUGUUGCUUUUUAUUUUACAUUUAAAAAAAAAAUUAAAUAUCAUUGGAGGUUUAUGUGCCUAUAUUUUGCCAGCCUGAGCUACUUUUUUCUAGGUUGUGCAUCACAGAGGGGUUAAACAGGCUUUAAAAAGUUGGAGGGUUUUAUGAGCAUGAGAGCGCAGAUAGCAAAAUUUGGUCUAUAAUGCAAUAUAAAUACCACUUAUGACUCAUCUUAGAGUUAAAUUUACCAAAAGUCAUGAAUGCAUGAAAUGUAACCAAGAUAUGUAUAGAGGAAGGAAAGGCCAUCAGAAUAUCCUUUAUUUUUAAUGUUCAUCUUGUCAAAGUGAUCGUUUCAACUUUGGCUAACAGAAAAGUAGAUGCAUCCCUUAAUGUGCUUCGUAUAGUAUAUACAAUGUCUUUCUGUGGCUUUGAAGCUGUUUCCCUGAUGAAAUAAGUUCCAGCAUUUUGGCUUUGGCAGUUUGAUUAUAAAUCAUCCUAAAAAAGCUUUAUAAAUAUUUCCCUUAGAGCUUGGUUAAGGUUCUGUACCAAGACCCGAACAUACAAUGCCUAUAUCUGAAUUGUGGGGUGAGGUGCACUUGGUUGUCUGCCCUGUAGUACGCUCAAGAGUUGGGAAAUAUCCUAUGCAGCUGGGCUUCUGGGAAUAUUUACUCAGGAAACAUUACUGUGAAAUAUGUCUGUUCUGUUGGGAUUGUCAGUUGUCUGGUCCUGUUUCUAGAAGAAUAUGCAAGGUAACCAGAAUGGUACUAGUAGUACAUCAGUCCGACUUCUUCUGAUGUGCAGUUACUUCAUGAACAAAAUAGGAUGUUCCUGUUGAGUUCACAAGUAUGAGAGUACAAAAUAAGUUUGAGAUAGGUGUGCAAAUAUGUCUGUAAUUAAAUUGGCCAAAAUAAUCUGGUUUAAUUACAUGAUUCAUCUACUUCAGAGGUGAAGAUGGCUUGUCAUAUUAGCAUGCCUUUGGUACUCUUUUUAGGUAACUGUAAUUCAGUUUUCCUGUACGGAAUACAUUUUCACAAUACCUUUUUUUCUAUAUGCAGUUCCACUGGAUUUUGUGUAUGACUAACUCUCUAGCCCCAAAUAUGGAUAUUUUCAUCAUUUGCUUAUAUACAUUGGUAGGAACCAAUUUAUAUAUCUUCUGUAGAUGCAUAUUUCCUCGGAAAGCUGCUUUGACUUGAGGUUUAAUGUUGCCCUGCUCUUAAAGUUGCAUCGGUUCUGAUGGCUGCCUUUUCAAAAAAGAAAAUAUUAGAUAUUCUGUUGAACAUAACAGAAAAUCCCUGACAUGCUAAUAGUUUUGAGAUGUUAAUAUUAAAUUGAUGUCUCUACUUGAAACCUUGUUCACCUGAAGUAACUUAAAUAUAUUGCAGAGUUUUUUUCAAUGCAUUUUUCCAUUGUAUACACCAAAAAGACCUAAUUCCUCAAACUUACUUGUAGCGUUAAAAUAUUAAGACCAUGGUAAAUGGCUUGAUUCCUGUGAGUUCAAAGGAACAGAGUUUUGCACUCUAGCAUUCUUGUUCUGCAUCAGAGUGAGUAUCUGGUCACCAGAGAAAAAGGAUUAGAAACAUUGAAAACAUCAGUUGUAACUCUGGGACUUCAAAGUACCGGUGCCAAAAGCUGUACUGAUGUAGUGCAGAUUCUUGUCUGCUCUGCCAGCUGAUCAAGAGAAAAGAGCGGAGUUCAGUUCUGUACCAUCAUUCUAAAGGAGCUUUUGACUGUCUGGAUUUAGCUAGUUUUACCUUGCACAUAUUGUAGUGCAAAGCACAUCAGUGAUGCACUUCAGCUUUAGCCAACAAAGCAAGUCAGAGUGGAGUGGAUCUUCUUGCAAGACUUUCUUGCUGCUAGGCUUCUCAGUAGUAGGAAGAUAGAAUAAAGUUUUCUGAAAAAUAGGCAUCUCAUUAUAUAUGGGGUUGGUAUCUCUACUAGAUAGUAGCUCCUCCUUUGCUGAAUGAGGGUGUGAGCAUUUCUUUUAGUGGAAUAUUUAAACUCUUUUCUGCAGUUCUGGUAAUACCAUUUCCAAGGCUGUCUUUUAGCUGUUGCCUCUAUCCAUGCCAGUCAAGCAACAGCUAUCUUUGCUCGCUUUGUAGAUCCCAUACACCAAGUUUUCAGUGUGUAACUUGCUAGCAUUUAUCACAUGGUAUCUUAUGCUGCUGGUAACACUUCAAGAGGCUUUUCUAAAGUCUAGUUUUAUAUUAAAAAUAAAUACUUGUUUUCUGUGUCAGAAUGAGAAAACUGUUAUGUGGAGAGAAAUUACUGCUGCAGUUGUAUCUGCAAAGAUAAAUGCUACAUGAAAAUAGUUGAUGCCCCUAAGCAUACAAUGACAAGGAAUUCUUCCUUGGCCCUAUCAUGAGCAUUAAAUCUUGGAUUUUAAAAACUCUACAUAGCUCUAAAAUUAUUAGAAUUAUACAUCCUAUUUAUAUUCAGCAUUUACAGAAUAUAUUAUCUGAGUCUUCAUGUUCUAGCUAUAUGUUGGAAUUUAUGCACUGGAAAUAUAAAUUACCUAUGAGUGACUAGAAGUUGUCUUGGGUUUAAAUCAUUAAAAAAGGGAAUUUGACUACACUGAGUUCUAAAAACUUUAACCAUACAUGAUACGUAACCUAUGUGGAAAAGAUAAAAUCUUAUAAUGAAAUUUAUCUUUGGUCAAACUAAUGCUUUUCUAUAUUUCUAUCUAUGUUUUCAACAUAGGAAUUUAUAGGAAUCAGUGAAUUUAUUUUUUAAGAUUUUUUUCUGUUGGCUCAGUCUUGCAGCACUAAGAGUGCUAAAAUGCUAGUGCUAAAAUUAGGUCUAGACAAAAAGUCGCAAGGAUUCAUGGUGCACUGCUCUUGAAAAGGCCAGGGAAACAGUCAGAGGUUUCGACUUCUUUGCAUUUGGAGGUUAACUUCGGAAGAAGUAGUGGGCCAUGCCUGAACACCUUUAAGUAAGCCCCCUUUAAGGAGAGGGGAAUGAGAGGGAAAAUGGGAAAGGAUAUAGCUUCCUUCUGAUGCUUGUUUCCAAACUGAUAAGCAUUUGUGCUUCAGUGGAAUCAGUUCUUUUUGGAGAACACAAAUGUUUGCAAGAAUUAUGUCUCAGAUGAUUCUUCACAAGAUGCUUGUUGAGUUGUCAGCUUUUGGGGGGAAAAAAGCUACAUGCAGGUACACACAGUUUUAAGUGAAAGGUAUUAGCUAGAUACAGAACGCUCAUCACCAAAUUUUGUCAUAUAUUUAAGGUGAAAAGCUGUUAAUAAAAUUCAGUACAACUUCCCUGCCAUGGUUGCAAUACAUGAGGUUGAGAUUCUUCUUGCAGAAGGGUGUACCGGUUCCAGGUCUUACCUGGUUUUGAUAAGAUGGUUAAUUGAGUUAGCCAAAGCUUGCUUCUGCGGAUUAAUUCAUGUGGCUUAGAUCAGUACUUUGAUGUGUCAUAAAUUAGGGGCAAGUGAUCAGGCUAAAUAACGUGCAGCACAUUAAUCUGGAUAUGUAAGCUAGAAUAAGCUAAUUGACAGUAAUUUUCAGAUUGUUAUCAAAUGCCAUCUAUUAUAGAAAUAAAAAAAAGGGGAGGGGGAAUCACUUAAAAAUUCCCCAUGAUGAACAGGAAAAAUCUUUAUAGUAUUGUCAGAAAAUAAAAGAACUCUGCUGUCUUACAAACCUGAAAGCACAACUGAUUUGAUGAUUAGGGACAUUAGUUACCCAUGUAGAGCUGGAGAUGACGCACAAAAAGUAAUGUAGAAUGUAGGAAUAAAAAUGUUUAGUUGUCUGCUUUGUUUUUAUGCAGUAAUUUGUACCAAAGAGGAUGAAAUGAAUGGGCACCAGUCUAAACUCUUCUCAUUAGUUAAAAAGUGAAACAGGUUAACAAUAUUACUGGUCUAACACUGUGCAAAUUAAAAGGCAGUACACUACAUCCAUUGUCUAGUACUGCAAAUGAAACAUUGCGUAUUUGGAAAAUCUGAAGGUAAAUGAGCCUGCUGAAGUGCCUUUCUCUUUCAUCAGACUUAUUUUAUCAGUGGGACACCUGACUAUCUGAAAAGCACAUUAUUUUUUUCUGUUAGCCAAAAAAACCCCACCUCGAUUCAUACUUACAACUAUGUAGCUUUUGUAAUAUUUUAAAAGGCAGAUAGUGUUUUUUAUGUUGGAAUACAGACUCCUGCAUGUCGAUGAUGAUGGUAAUUGUUGUAAACCCUGUUUUUUUGUAUUUUAUGUUUGAAAAGAAAUUAAAAAUGUAUCUUUAGAAAUCUGAACAGUAGUAUCUUUUAAAAAUCCACAUGGGGAUCUGAUUCAACUUCGUAAGUCAAGAGUAAGCGUCUUGAAGUCACUGGAUUUACAGGUAUGAAACUGACUGGGAUUUUAACUUAAAAAAUGAAAUUAAUAUAUGUUUAUAUAUAAAAACUAUUACAAUAAUCAAAAUCUUUUUUUCCGCUGCUAACCUUCCUUGCCAGUAAGAGCAGAAAGUGUAUAGAGAUAGGUACUUAAUUCUUAUUUUCUAGAAACAAUUUUAUCUUAAUUUGGAGCCUAACCUGCUUUGUUUAUAUAACCCAAGCUUCUGGUUUUUUUCAUUUUUCUUUAAUUCAGUGGAAUUAUGCAAAACAGCGCUACGUCUACAGAGUUAAAAAUGAGCAUUCUUUUAUAGUAGUUUGCACUAAUUUGUGCCACACAUCUAACAGUAGGCAGCUACGUUUGUGUUAAAGAAUUUACAUGAAAGAUGGUUUAAAUGACUUGAAUCUGUGCUUCAUUUUCAUUUAAAAGUAGUAUUCGGUGUGUUCUGAUUACCAAAAUAAAUGGCUGCAGAUUUUUUUUUUUAAGACUGGCAGGGCAAAACUGUGUUGUCAUUUUUAGUAUUAGCACUCUCAGCUUGAAAAUUAUUUUACCAAAUGAAUUUUUUUCAGUCAGUUUAAGACUUACUGAACAUUCCUAUAUUUCCCCCUCCCCAAAAUGUACUGGUACGUUAUUCCCCAGUUAACUGAUUCAGUUCCUUUGAAGCACUUGUUGCACUUCAGUCCAUGCUAGAACAGUAAUAUUUUUACAACACCUUGUUCUUGUGUAGAAAGGCACUUUUUAGUGCUUAUUAGAGCAUGGAGUUCAUGAAAAGCCAGGCUCUGAGAUGCUGAAACAUGGGUGACCUGAUGGCACUGACUGUGCUCACCACCUUGCAUGUUGGAGCCGUAUAUUCAACAAACACUUCAUUCCCUAUUUCAGUCAUUAUCAAAAACACUCUAGUAUGGAUAUUGUUCAUGUAAAACAUGCUUGAUAUUCAGCAUCCUGAUUUUAAGUAUUUCUACUUUUUUAUAUUUUGUCAGAGGUGUGUUUUCAUCUCUGUAUUUACUACAGUAUCAGUGUAUCUGUUGCUGAACAUGUAACUAAGAUUUGUAAAAUGUUAUAGCUUAUGCAAUAUAAUAAAAGUUUUAAA